AAUAUCUGUUUCGUGCUGCCCUCUUCCAAACAGUUUGUAAUAGAAAUUCUUUCCGGUGAUACGAGUACGUCGCAAACAUGGGUAAGGUUAAAUGUUCCGAAUUGAGAACCAAGGACAAAAGUGUCCUUACCAAACAAUUAGAUGAACUUAAAACUGAAUUAACAAAUUUAAGAGUUGCUAAAGUGACUGGCGGAGCCGCUUCAAAAUUAUCUAAAAUACGAGUGGUUCGUAAAGCUAUUGCUCGUGUAUACAUUGUUAUGCACCAAAAGCAAAAGGAAAAUCUAAGAAAAUUGUUCAAAGGCAAGAAACACAAGCCAUUAGAUUUAAGACCAAAGAAGACCAGAGCCAUCAGACGUGCAUUAACACCACAUGAGGCAAAAUUGAAGACCCGAAAAGAAAUUCGCAAGAAGUCAAUAUUCCCACCAAGGAAAUUCGCCGUCAAAGCUUAAUAUGUAUAAUUUAAUUAUAAUAUAACAAGUUUAUAAAAA